CAGAUAAAAGCACAACUCGGUUGGAUUUUGUUUUGAAUUAAACUGCUGGCUUCUCUGUCCUGAGUCCUGGCAGACUGGAUUAUAUCAAUCAGUUGGCCAGCAGUUCACAGGGAGCUGGGGGAGAGGACACCACCAGCCCACACCUAGACGUCACCACCGAGCUAGUGAACCUGCGAGACAGAAUAACGGAGAUCCGUAUGGAGCUGAGGUAUAUGGAAAAAGAGAACGCAGCUUUAGAGGCCAGAGUUACAACAGCUGAGCUGGAACUGAAAACUCUGAAAGAAAAAUCACAGGUGGCAUUCUCAGCAUCUCUGGCUGAUUCUGUGGGGCCUUUUAAUGUUGAUUCUACUAUAGUCUACCCUAAAGUCAUCACAAAUGUUGGACAAGCCUAUAACCUAUUUACAGGAAUCUUCACCGCUCCAGUCAGAGGCAUCUACUACAUCGGGUUCACAGCCUGUGGAAAUGCUGACAGCAAUGCCAUGGCUUUGAAUCUGUAUAAAAAUUCAGACUUGCUGACAAACUUAGCUAAAUACAGCAAUGGCUAUAUGACAUAUUUCUCUGGUGGAGUGACCGUGCAACUGGAGGCAGGAGAUGUAGUUUACACACAACUCCCUGCAAACAGCAAGCUCUACGAUGACCACAUAAAUAAUCGCACCGUCUUCAGUGGCUUCCUUGUCAUCACAGUGUGAGCACUGACCUUUGAUAUCCCUGCAGUUCCGUUUGUAAAAUGUUAUCCCUCUCAAAAUUCUGGAAUGGGUCCAAAAAUGUUUACUGUCCAAAAUCCAAGGGCGUCUGAGUUCUAGAAUAUCCUUUAUCAGUGGAAUGAUAAAUCUGGUCCUUGGUCAUUGCUUCCGCAAAUAACAUUGUUUGAUUCUAAAAAUGAGCAAAACCUGAAGUCAAAUAGCUGUAUCUCUGUAUAUGAAUCUAGUUUAAAAUAUAAUAAUAAAAAAUA